GUAUCAAACGGCGAUCCGGUCCAGGCCAUGGGAGGAGCUGAUGCCAUGGUCUGAAACGUGAGAUUGAGAGAGCGAGUGAGGUGCCCACUCAACGCUCCAACAGUGGCGUGUGAGAGGACAGCAGCCAUGCCACCCCACUCUGACAUCGUCAAGGUGGCCAUCGAGUGGCCCGGCGCCAACGCCCAGCUCAUCGAGAUUGACCAGAAGAAGCCUCUGUCCUCUAUCAUACGGGAGGUGUGUGAUGGGUGGUCUCUGUCUGGCUCUGAGCAGUUUGCCCUGCGUUACGCUGACGGUCCUCAGCUCUACAUCACUGAACAGAGCCGUAGUGAAAUGAAGAAUGGGACCAUCCUUCGAUUAGCCAUAUCUCCCGCCCGUGCAGCACGGCAGCUCCUGGACAGGAUCCAGUCUCAUGGCAUAGACGCCCGCCUGGAGGCCCUGAAGGAGCUGGCCAAGCUGUCAGCUGACCCCACCUUUGCCACCGAGUUCAUCAACAUGGAGGGCAUCGGGACCCUGGCGCGCCUGGUAGAGAGCGGCACCCACUUUGGGGAGAUGCUGGCCUUCACUCUCACUGCCUUCCUGGAGCUGAUGGACCAUGGAAUAGUGUCCUGGGACCUCAUCUCUCUGUCUUUCAUCAAACAGAUUGCGGGCUAUGUGAACCAGCCGAUGGUGGACGUGUCAAUCCUGCAGCGCUCUCUGGCCAUCCUGGAGAGCAUGGUCCUCAACAGCCACAGCCUCUACCACCGGGUGGCGCAGGAUAUCACUGUUGGACAGCUCAUCGGACACCUGCAAGUAUCCAAUCAGGAGAUCCAGACGUAUGCCAUCGCACUCAUUAACGCCCUCUUCCUCAAGGCACCGGAGGAUAGACGGCAGGAAGAGCAUAAUAACCCCCUGGACCAGCGGCUCACUGAGAUGGCGAGCACCCUGGCCCAGAAACACCUGCGAUCCAUCAUCCUCAAUCACGUUAUCCGAGGAAACAGACCAAUCAAAGCCGAGAUGGCGCACCAGCUCUACGUGCUGCAGGUUCUGACCUUUAACCUUCUGGAGGAACGCAUGAUGACCAAGAUGGAUCCCAGCGACCAGGCCCAGAGGGACAUCAUUUUCGAGCUGCGCAGGAUUGCGUUUGACGGGGAGAACGACCCCAGUGGCACGGAGAAGAGAAAGGCCAUGUACACCAAGGACUACAAGAUGCUGGGCUUCACUAACCAUGUGAACCCUGCCAUGGACUUCACGCAGACCCCUCCAGGGAUGCUGGCCCUGGACAACAUGCUCUACCUAGCCAAGCUGCACCAGGACACCUACAUCAGGAUUGUUCUGGAGAACAGCAGCCGCGAGGACAAACACGAGUGUCCUUUCGGUCGCUGUGCCAUUGAGCUCACCCGUAUGCUGUGUGAGAUACUACAAGUGGGAGAAUUGCCCAACGAGGGCUGCAACGACUACCACCCCAUGUUCUUUACUCACGACCGGGCGUGGGAGGAGUUCUUCUGCGUCUGCAUCCAACUGCUCAACAAGACCUGGAAGGAGAUGAGGGCAACGGCUGAGGACUUCAACAAGGUGAUGCAGGUGGUUCGGGAGCAGAUCACCCGGGCUCUGGCCAUGAAGCCCUCGUCCCUGGACCAUCUUAAGGGUAAACUGCGAGGCCUCAGCUACUCUGAGAUCCUGCGUCUGCGCCAGUCGGAGAGGAUGAGCCAGGACGACUUCCAGUCACCACCCAUUAUUGAGCUACGUGAGAGGAUUCAGCCAGAGAUCCUGGAGCUGAUCAAGCAGCAGAGGCUCAACCGCCUGUGUGAGGGAAGCUGCUUCCGCAAGCUGGGCAACCGCCGCAGACAAGAGAAGUUCUGGUUCUGCCGUCUGUCUCUGAACCACAAGGUGCUGCACUAUGGAGAUCUGGACGAGUCUCCCCAGGGGGAAGUGCCCCUUGAGCUGCUCACCGACAAGAUCCCCGUGUCUGAUAUCAAGUCUGUGGUGACGGGGAAGGACUGCCCCCACAUGAAGGAGAAGAGUGCACUGAAACAAAACAAGGAGGUUUUAGAGCUGGCCUUCUCCGUCCUGUACGAUCCUGAUGAGAACCUCAACUUUGUGGCCCCCAACAAAUAUGAGUACUGUGUCUGGACUGAUGGGCUGUGUGCGUUGCUGGGCCGAGAGAUGGGCAGUGACCUCACCCGCAGCGACCUGGACACGCUCAUCUCCAUGGAGAUGAAGCUCCGCCUCUUGGACCUGGAAAACAUCGCCAUACCUGAAGCCCCUCCCCCUGUGCCAAAAGAGCCCAGCACUUACAACUUCACCUACAACUACGGCUGAGGGGUGUGUUUAAGGCUGGUUUGUGAGAGAGAGCUGGGCCGUAUUUGUGUCGGUGUGUGUGUGGGGCACGGUUGCGUGUGUGUAUUUGUGUGUAAUAAGACGAAGAAAACCACUCAUCCCCUAGCCACUUAAUCUUGAACACAACAUCACUUGUCUGAUGCUCUGAAAUCCAAAUGCCCACAAAUAAUCCAGGCAGGCUACGUAACACUAGACAACAAAAUGUUCCAUUGUAUUUUGUUUUGUUUUAAUCGCCGUUAUGGUACAAGCUUGACACCAACCUGAAAGUUAAUAUUUUGUUUCGUAACUCAUCACUUCAUGGCCUUAUCAACUUUUUUUGUUAAAUAAGCUCUGUGUGUUUUGAACAGUUACAGCUGAGCCCCACUAUUGCUUCAUGCAUCGUCAUAACAACAGAACCAGAUCUGUUUGAACUGACACAUCACGGCCCAGGGUCUUUUCCAAGGUGUUGUAUUCUAGUCACUGCCCGUGUCUGCUCAUCCUCUAAUUCAGUACUAAUCAAUAUUAUUGAUGUUUGUUAUGCAGAAUCUGAUUAUAUUUUUGUAAAUGACUGUGAA